AUGAAUCAUCUGACCAUACUUUGGAACUUCAAGGGAGCAGAAAUUGCAAAAUAUGACGGUAAAGAAUUUAAAAAGCCCUCAGAUCCGAGACUGACUAUAAAAGAAGAUGGUAUUGCAGACGGAGAUGGUUCUCUAUAUAUUGAUAACGUGACUUUGGCUGACAUUGGGCAGUAUAUGUGUCGAGUAGUCUACAGUCCAGACCAGGAUUAUAAGCUCAUUGAUAUAACUGUCUACGCUCGCCCAACCAUUAAAUCGCUGGAGAAACGUAAUAGGACAGAUGGGAGGGAAGAGACUGUUUGCUCAGUCGCUGGGUUUUACCCGAACAAAAUUGAUAUAACAUUACUAAUCAAUGGAAUGGUAGCAGACGAUUCUGUGCUGAGACCUCUUCAGAUCAGUAGUGAUGGUACUUACAGUAUCAACAGAACCAUGACUUUACAACCCAACGAGAAACCCAACAGCCUUUCCUGUGAAGUGCAGCAUGAAUCUCUUCCAGACCUUCUAAAGAAAGAAGUCAGUCUGUAUGAAGCGGUGCCCAGCGUACAGCUCUUCUCUUCAAGAAGACGUGAAGACCAGGAACAGGUCUUUCUCUGCGAUGUUCGAGGCUUUUACCCCGAGGCAGUGACAGUAAACUGGCUACUGAACAGAAGAAAGACUGAAAUCCCCAGUAAAAAUGCAGAUGGCAGUUUUAAUAAGGAAAGUUACUACCGCGUCCAGUCUUCACCUGAUAACCAAGUAACAAAUAUCUCCUGUGAGGUCCAACAUGAAACAUUGAUGGAUCCUGUGAUCAAGACUUCGAGACUGCCAGAGGAGGAUGAGGAUGAGGUGGGGACCAGCACUUCCAGGGUCAUGGCAGCCAUCUUGGGAUCCUUUAUCGUAACAGUAGCCGUGUCUCUCGCUGUGUUUUAUAAGAAGAUCUACAAGGAAAGAUUUUUUGAUUCUGAGUUUGUAUCGUCCUCUUCCAUAAAUUGA